UACAGUACCUUGGUAAUGAAUGCUUAAUUAACAGCAUUUAAUAUUCAGUUAGUUUUUGUGUGUGAAAUAACUGCAACCUUAUUAGUUAUCUAAUCAAUAUUUUAUACGAGGAAUUGGAGGGUUUGUUAAGCCGUCGGAAAUUAAUGGAUAAACAGAUCGAGGAAUACGUGAAUGAAUUGCCGGCAAUUGACGCCAAUAUCGCAUUGAAUGGCAAACUAGAGUUCAAUAAUAGGGACUGCUAUCGAAAACUGGUCGAUACUUUAAUGACAAGUGCUAUGCAUUGGGGCAAUCCAUACGUGUUGUCAAAACUGCAUAUAUUUGUGAAUAUUUGCGAACAAAUGCUUGACUCGAGUGAUGCGGACAUUGCUGUCAACCGAUUGAUACAACACUGCAAUAGAAAUGUU